CAGCACUAUCCCAGCAGCCUCUGCGCACGGCAGCCAUCUUGGAAAUCUGCCUGCAACAAAGAAUCGGGCCUGAAAUCUUCAGAAUUCGAUAAUUUCCCGUGUUAGCCUGAAAACUAGGCCGCUAGACGGUCUAAUCGUGUGGUUAUAUGCCUUUUUCAAAUGCAACGAGGAAGAAGGCAUCCCACGACCAGCAGGACACGGAACGGAGCCAGAGAAAGCGGCGAGUAUCCGGAGAGAACCGUCAAGGUUUGGCCGGCUUGAAGAGACACAAGCAGGAAGACUCUGAUUUUUGUCACUCCGAUCCUCAUCAUUCGAGCUCACAGAUGGACGAAUCGGUCAACAGUCGCAAGCCGAACUUCUCGGCUCUGGUUGGCAGUAAUGGCCUGACGAAUAGAGCAUCUUCUCUGGCCAACAGCAAGCCUGGUACGGCCAAGAAACUGGUGAUCAAAAAUUUCAAAGGUAAACCCAAGCUACACGAUAACUACAAGGAGGAGACAUGGAUGAAGUUGCGGGGAGCGGUGGAUGCCAUCCACAAGAGCACCUCCAUCAAGUACAGUCUGGAGGAGCUGUACCAGGCAGUGGAGAACAUGUGUUCUCACAAGAUGGCCGUCAUGUUGUACGACUCGCUCAAGGUGGUGUGUGAGGAACACAUCAAGCACCAGAUCACACAGUUCAAGGGCAACCAGGGUGAUGAGUUGGACAGUGUUUUGUUCCUGAGGAAGAUCAACAAAUGUUGGCAGGACCACUGUAGACAAAUGAUUAUGAUCCGUAGUAUCUUCCUGUUCCUGGAUAGAACCUAUGUAUUACAGAACUCCAUGGUGUCAUCUCUUUGGGACAUGGGUCUGGACCUGUUCCGUCAGCACAUCAUCAGCGACACGUCCGUGCAGACUAAGACAGUUGACGGACUCCUGCUUCUCAUCGAGAGGGAGCGCAACGGGGAGAUGGUGGACCGCAGCCUGCUCAAGAGCCUGCUGGGAAUGUUGUCAGACCUACAGAUUUACAAGGAGGCCUUUGAGGUACGUUUUCUGCAAGAGACAGAGAGAUUGUACGCGGCUGAGGGACAGAGACUUAUGCAGGAGAGAGAGAUUGCAGAGUACCUUCACCAUGUGGAUAAGAGACUAGAAGAGGAACAGGACAGACUGAUGUUCUACAUGGACCAGAGCACACAGAAGCCACUAGUGUCAUGUGUAGAGAAACAGCUGUUAGGGGAACACCUGGUGAACAUCCUACAGAAGGGACUGCACCAGCUGCUGGAUGAGAACAGAACAGAUGACCUGAAGCUGCUGUACAACCUGUUCUCUAGAGUCAAGGCUGGGCUGGAGACUCUGUGUCAGCACUGGGGAGACUACAUCAAAGCUUUUGGCUCCACAAUAGUCAUCAACCCAGAGAAGGACAAGACAAUGGUGCAGGAACUGUUAGACUUCAAGGACAAGGUGGACAACAUCCUCCAGAGCUGCUUCUCAAGUAACGAGAAGUUCAUCAACACCAUGAAGGAGUCUUUUGAGACGUUCAUCAACAAGAGACUGAACAAACCUGCAGAGUUGAUAGCAAAGUAUGUUGAUUCCAAGCUGAGAGCAGGAAAUAAGGAAGCUACAGAGGAGGAGUUGGAGAGAAUGUUAGACAAGAUCAUGGUUCUCUUUAGAUUUAUACAUGGUAAGGAUGUGUUUGAAGCCUUCUACAAGAAAGACCUGGCCAAGAGGUUGUUGGUGGGGAAGAGUGCAUCUGUAGAUGCUGAGAAGUCCAUGCUCUCCAAACUCAAGCAAGAAUGUGGAGGUGCCUUCACCAGUAAGCUGGAGGGCAUGUUUAAGGACAUGGAGCUGUCCAGAGACAUCAUGGUUCACUUCAAACAGUUUUUGCUCUAUUAUGCUCAACACAAGGCAAAAGGUGUUGACGAGCACAUCCAGCAUCAGAAAGACUCCAUAAGCAUAGACCUGACAGUGAACAUCCUGACUAUGGGGUACUGGCCCACAUACAUCCCUAUGGAGGUGCAUCUCCCACCUGAGAUGGUGAGGUACCAGGAGAUCUUUAAGUCUUUCUACCUGGCCAAACACAGCGGUCGGAAGCUACAGUGGCAGCCGACCCUCGGGCACUGCGUUCUCAGGGCUGACUUCAGAGCGGGUAAGAAAGAGCUGCAGGUGUCCCUGUUCCAGUCCCUGGUGCUCAUCAUGUUCAAUGAUGGGGAUGACUUCACUACCGAGUACAUCAAACAGUACACAGGCAUCGAGGAUGGGGAGUUGAGGAGAACGUUACAGUCGUUAGCAUGUGGGAAAGCCAGGGUCAUCAUCAAAACCCCGAAGGGGAAGGAUGUUGAGGAUGGAGAUCAGUUCACCUUCAACAACGACUUCAAACACAAACUGUACAGGAUCAAGAUUAACCAGAUUCAGAUGAAAGAAACGCAAGAGGAGAAUGUGAACACAACAGAGAGAGUGUUCCAGGACAGACAGUACCAGAUCGAUGCUGCCAUUGUCCGCAUCAUGAAGACCAGAAAGACCCUGACUCACACACUUCUGGUGUCUGAACUGUACAACCAGCUCAAAUUCCCAGUCAAGCCUGCAGACCUGAAGAAGAGAAUCGAGAGUCUUAUUGAUAGAGAUUACAUGGAGAGGGACAAGGAAAACUCCAACCAGUACCAUUAUGUAGCAUAGUUAGGCUCCAGUACACCAGUAGGGUUCCACAUAUCAUACAUUUAUUCUGCAAAACAGCCAGGGCCAAGUAUCUGGGAUGCCAUAGCAAGUCUUACAUUGUACAUUGUUGUAUCUGUCACUUAGGGCUCUGUCACAUACAUUGUAUGAUAGCUUUAUGGCAGUGAGCGGAGCAUAUUAUUGAGAUAAUUGCUGAUGUGUCUGAAUUCAGCUGUAUUUUGAUGGAAAUAUCUGUCAUAAUUCCUUCACGAAGAUCAGUCCUGUCAUCAUCACAGAAGAAUAAGAUUGUAUGAUGAAUGUGACAUUGCCUUUUAUCAACUAAUUGCCUGAUAGACUGUUAAAAAUAAUCUGCUGUUCCAAGAUUUGUGACAGAAUUAGACACAUGAUAGAACCCCCAUGAAACAAUGGUUUUAUUGAAUGGCAAUAAUUUUGAGUAGUGGGGGGGGGGGGGAUUCUAUUCUUUAUCUUGUAGCCAAGACCCAAGUAAACUGAAAGCCAAACUUUUGCCCUGUUUUGUUGGUAAGCAAAUAAACUUUGUCAACACCAUAACUGCUUCCAAAUCCAUUAAAGAAACUGAAACAUGUACAGUGUGCUUUGAACCAUCCUUUGUUUUUGAAGGUUUUUCUAGUGCAAAAAUGUUCCGACUGUCAAAGCAAGAAGAAGCAAGAUGAAGGUUUGUGACAUGUAUGUGAUUUACAAGGCAUCAUCCUUAUUAAAGUCUGUUCAUUUUUCAUUCCAUUAAUUUCAUUUUAAAUGUUUCAUUAUACAUUGCACAUGCGCAAUACAGAGUACCAUGUUUUGUAUAGUAUUAUCCCCUGAAAUACCAGUGGCCACAAGGCUUGUGUUCCAUCCAGGCUAUAGUAGAGUUUUCUACCUCACAAACACACCAGAAACAGAUCCCUGUGUCUAAUUCUGUUCAUAAUCAAUCAGGCAACAUCGUCUUUUUUCUUUGGUUCUCUGACGUUUUUAAGAAAGGAUAAUGUAACAAUUUAGUAACUACUCAGCAUAGAAAGAAAAAAGCCUUGUACCUGAUUGUGUUUACUCCCCGAACCAGUACAAAGUUCAAAGUACAAACUUUUCCAUCAGACUUUGUCUUCAUGGUAAAUCCUAGUCCAUACUUUUUCUUUGUUAAAAAUCGAAGAAUCAACAAUUAAGAUUGGUGUUGUCCUUGAAUUAUGAGGUAAAUCAUGUCCACAUCCCUUACAUACAUUUUGUAUUCUCUGUAUUUCAUAUGACAACAUUUUUAAACACAACGACAUGUAAACAUAUGUAGCUCUGUACCUUUUGUACGAUAAGAGAUGCAAGGAAAUGAAUGUGAUUCAAGCUUCUUGUCGAAUAUCUGCUUUGUUGUUGCCUUUUCAGUAGAUGAAUAACAUCAUAGUUAACUCUUGGUCAUGGAGUACAUAUAAAAUGUAUGUUAAGAAAUUCUGUACUACAUGGCCAAAGAGUCAUGUCAUUUUCCAUUUGUCAUCAAAAACAGCCAUUUUUCACAAGCUGUCUUCUUCAUAUUUAAGGAAAUUGCUUUUCUUUGCUACAAGAGAGAGAGAGAGAGAUGUGUGCUUUGGAAAAUGCUGUAAUAUUUCAUACUUACUCAUGUCACAAUAUCUUACAUGAUUGCAGAUCACAGUUUAUAAUCAUGAACAAUUUGUAGCUGAUAUCCCCAAUUGCCCUCCUUGUUUCAUUGUUCCUAGAUUGUUCUUUAUCCUCAUUGUUUUAAAUUUCUCACCCUGAGAAAAUAAAGAAUAUCUGCCAGUAAUAUUUAACACAUGUUAAGUAAAAGAUACUGUGUACAGGAAAUGAUAUGAGGCAAUGUAUAAAGAAUACAAGCUGUAAUGUCCACCAAUAAGAAUGUAUCUAUUUCAUGCAAAAAACAACAUACUGUUUGCCAUAUAUUUCCCAUAAUCUUUGAAAAAUAUUCACUCAUUCUGAAAAAGUUGCUAACACUCCCUUGUAUAUGAUGAUUUUGGAUACUUGGUUAUUGUACUCCAGUACUGAACUGUGCAGUUUUGGACUUCAAAUAUUUUGCUUUCAUAACAGAAGAAUGUUGUUGCUAACCUGAAUUGGUCAGUUUUAAGGAAAUAUGCAAUGAAUUAACUGGAAUUAAUUCUUGAAACCAGAUACAAUACAGAACUUGAGAUGUGAAGGUUUGGGGAUACAUGUACAAGAAAGCAUGUAAGGUUAUAACCUAUGCACAACAUGCUGUUAUUUACCUAACUGUACUACCUAAACUUUUCUCCCCCUCAACAGCCCUAUACUUUCCCACCAUGACCUAAAGAUUACAUGUAUAAUACUGGUUGACGUUUGCCUUUGUGAAAAAAUGUAGUAUAAAGCACUAAGAGAAAAAAAAGAACUGCUACUAAGUUAUCACUGUGUGCUAGGAUUGUUGACUUCUUGUUGGUGGAUUCCUUUGUUAAGGAAAGGUAAUGUUUGUUUCAUGGUAACCUGUCAAAAUGUAUGAAAUAAUAAAGAGUACAUGUAUGUUAAA